AUGCUAGCCCCACUUCUAAAGAGCGGGCGCUUCCUGCGCUUGGUUGCCAUCGUCACUCCUUUACUCCUGGUCUUGUUGUAUAUCUUGCACGUCAACUGGGAACCAUUGCAUCGGUCUCUCGGGACGACUCAAGCUCCUCAGAGCAGCAAACCGUCUUCUGUGCCGGUGUCAAACUCAGAGGAGACGACCGCGAGACCUAUUUCUUCAUUUUCUCCUAAACCCGACUCUUCCGACGCCGAUUAUUACGACUCACGUCCUCCUUCUUCUCCUUCUACAAACAAUAUUCAAAAUGAAAACAGCCCCCUUUACAAAACCGCCAUCCUAGGCAUCCCCGACAAGGUCUGGCAAUCCUCCAAAACCAACCAACUCGAAAAGAACCAACUGGAAUGGGUAUACACCUGGACCGAGAAAAACCCAUACCACCGACAGGAACUACUCACCGACGAAUCCGCCGUAACCUUUGUGCGCGCGAAAUUCUCGGCGACUCGACCCGACCUUGUCGAACUGUACGAAUCAAUCCCGAUUCCGAUCUUGAGGGCCGAUCUGUUGCGGUAUCUGAUGGUGUUGGCCGAUGGCGGGAUAUGGAGUGACUUGGACGCGACGUGCGAAAAGGAAGUGUCGGAAUGGGUACCUGAAGAAUACCGCGACAAGCCGAUUGAUAUGAUUGUUGGGUUGGAGUUUGAUAUGGAAUGGCAUGGGGAGGGAACACAGGUAGCAUCGCAGUUUUGCAACUGGGUAUUCGCAGCACGCCCGUCGUCGCGACACUUGCAGGCCGUCGUGGACGCUGUGGCCGACACAUUACGCAAAAUCGCCGCCGAUAACAACGUGCCCAUGCAGAAGCUUGAACUGGAGAUGCUGUCGGAUGUGGUCGACGUAACCGGGCCAAAAAUCAUGACGGUCUGGGUGCUCAAAAGUCUCAGUAAGGCGCUGGACCGGCCCAUCGAUGACCGCGAGUUCCAUCAUAUCAAACAGCCGAAACUGAUUGGUGAUCUUCUAAUCAUGCCUGGGAACUCGUUUGCGGCCGCCCAGAACGGGCAUCCGGAUGACCAGAGCGACGAGCUGGUGUCGCAUCACUAUUGGGGCUCGUGGAAGGACGCCGACAAGGAGGCCAAGGAGCACAAGAAGAAGCUCCAGGAGGAGGCCAAACAGAAGGAGGAAGAAGAGGCCAAAAAGAAAGAAGAAGCCGCAAAACAGGCAGAAGCCCAGAACCAGGCUGAUGGAGUAGUGUAG